AUGUCAUCAUUUGAAUUAAUUCUUCAUGGCCUUAAACUAUCCCUCAAGGAUUUUAUUGAAAAACAUCUUCCUAUCGAAUCCAAUUAUGAGAUUAUUACUUCCUUUAUUGGGGUUUUAACCUCAACGAAUGAUAGAUUCAUAGAUGAAAGAAAGGAAGAAUUACUUAAAUAUUUUAUUCACCAAUUUCUUGAAAAAAACGGAAUAACUUCAUUAAUCAAUAAAACACUCGUUUAUCUUAAUAAAAAUAAUAUGCCUCGUAUUUCCAAUGGAAACAUUGAUCUUCAUGGUCAAUAUAAACAUUUAAUUUUUUUGAUCCAGAGUAAAUGUAAAAUCCUUGUCAAAGAUUUACGUGAAUUCUUGAAUACAAUUUCAAAACAACCGGAAACAUCCGUAGGCUUUCUCGUCUCGAAUGUUGAGUUGAGUGAUAAUGCUAGAAUAGAAUUGGAAAAGUCUCCUAUUAAGGAACGUAUUUGUGUGUGUUUUUACUAUGAGAUCGUUGAUAAAAUUUUUGAAUAUGCACGAAUCUUUGAAGAGAAACACGACAAACUUAAAAAGCAAAAUGAGGAAAGGAAAAGAAAAGCCGAUGAGUUGAAAGCUGAGAACAAAUUUCUUCGAAAACAAAAUAAAAGACUCAAAGAAGAAUUCCAAAGUCAAAUUAAAGAACUUGAAAGCCAAAUCGUUGAACUCAAAGAAAAGACUGAAAUUCAAAAUCAAAACAUUAAGAAAACGAUUGAUAAUCAAUACAAAGAAUUUAAAAAGCAAAAUCAAGAAAUGAAGGAAAAACUUGAAAACCAAUCUAAGAAAUUCGAUAAAAAACUCGAUUUAAUUUUAAGGCGAUUCAUGAUUUUGAAUGAUCCGUUACAAGAUAAUGAUUCCACGAAUAAUCACUCUAAUGUUGCAAAUGUCAAAAAUCAAGAUCCACGAGAUGCAAUUGCUAAAAUGUUGGUCCACAAUUAA